CAACCUGUUUGUAUAAAUGAAAGGCAACAAAGGGGGUGAUGGAAGGAGAAGAGGCGCUGCUUCAAGAAAACACAGAAAGGGCAGCCAUGGCGGAAGAGGCGCUACUUCCACCGCCGGAGGCGGGUAGCAAGGGUUUCGUGGGAGAGCUGAAAGAUGUAAGUCACAUAGCCCUGCCAAUGAUUAUCGUGACAGUGUCGCAGUAUCUCCUGCGCACUUCUCCCAUGCUAAUGUUAGGGCAUCUCGGCGAGCUCCCGCUCUCCAGCGCCUCCAUCGCCACUUCUCUCUGCAACGUCACCGGCUACAGCCUUCUCUUUGGAAUGUCCAGCGCGCUGGAGACGCUGUGCGGGCAGGCAUACGGAGCAGGACAGUAUCGAAAACUAGGAGCGUUUACCUACGGCGCCAUUCUCUGUCUCUUCCUGGUUUGUAUUCCUGUGUUGAUACUCUGGAUUUUCGCCGGAAAAUUGCUCAUAUUAAUCGGUCAAGAUCCUUCGAUCGCGGCGGAGGCCGGAAAGUACGCGAUUUGGUUGAUUCCGACGCUGUUUCCUUACGCGAUUCUCCAGUCUCUGGUUCGCUACCUGCAAACUCAGAGCCUGAUCUUUCCAAUGAUGUGGACCGCCGUCGCAGCUCUCGGCGUCCAGCUCCCGAUUUGCUGGGCUUUCGUCUUCAAGCUCAACUUAGGGAGCGCCGGAGCCGCCUUAUCAAUCGGCGUUUCUUAUUGGUUUAAUGUCAUUUUGAUUCUGAUUUAUGUCAAGUACUCGUCAACCUGCAAGAAAAGCCAUACAUCUCUUUCUAGAGAGGUUUACUCAACUAUGGGGGAGUUCUUUCGCUUUGCUGUCCCCUCUGCUGUAAUGGUCUGUUUGGAAUGGUGGUCAUUUGAGCUGAUUGUGCUGUUAUCUGGGAUCUUGCCAAAUCCAAAACUGGAGACUUCUGUGCUAGCUAUAUGCUUUACUACCACUUCAGUUCACUACCACAUUCCCUACUCUUUUGGUGCUGCUGCAAGUGUUCGAAUUUCGAAUGCGCUGGGAGGUGGGAAGCCACAGGCAGCAAGAGUUGCACUCUCUGCUGUCCUGAUCCUAUCAGUUACAGAGGUUUUACUUGCCAGUAUAACCAUAUUUUGCUGCCGUUAUGUAUGGGGAUAUGUGUUUACCUAUGAGCAAGAAGUGAUCACUUACAUUAAAGACAUCACACCUCUUCUCUGCCUCUCAAUCAUCUUGGAUGGUACACAAGCAGUCCUGUCCGGGGUUGCCAGAGGCACUGGGUGGCAACACAUAGGAGCAUAUGUAAACCUAGGAUCAUAUUACCUGGUUGGCAUUCCUGUGGCUCUGCUACUUGGAUUUGUGUUGCACCUGAGAGGAGAAGGCCUGUGGAGUGGUUUGGUUGCCGGAGCAUUCGUGCAGUCCAUCGCGCUUUCUCUUAUCACAGGCUUCACAAACUGGGAAAAACAGGCAGUAAAAGCAAGGCAGAGGAUGUUUGAUGAGCAAAUGCUGCCUCAGAAUGAGUUUCUUGAAUAAACGAUUGUGCAGCCUACAACACAAUUUAUCACUUAAGAACUAAUUGAACUGUUCGGGUUGCUACUACAUUUUGAUUUUUAUGCAGUGAAUUGUACAAUAUUUUUGGUUAAUUUAUUGAAGUGAUUGGGGAUAGAGAUGAGCAUUUGUCGCCAUAAAUGCUACGAUUUCAACAGAUCUUGUGAUGUGUAACUUCACCAUUACUCAUCUUUGUCCCACCACACCUAAUAUUUUGAUCAAAUGACCAAAUUAAAUUUCAAUAAUAUUCUGUUCUGUCA